CGAAAAUUUUCGCCAGCGCUUUUCGCGCUUUUUUGUCGUUUCCUGCGCAUCCCUCGCGCAUUUAGUUACAUUAUAUCUAUCUACUAUGUUAUGUAUCCAUUGAUUCUCAUUUUUUGCACGACACGACACGUGCAGCAACAACGGUGGCGAACGCGCGCGAGCGCGAUGUCCCCCGACGCGCUGACUAAGCAGCCGCGACGCGCGCGCGAAGGCGGCGCAUCAGCCCGCCGCAGGGCGCGUGGCAACGGCGGCGGCGGCGGAGCGCGCGCGUCGCGCGACGCGUGCUGCGGAAAACCCCGACCGGUGAGGCCGGGGGGUCGCCUUCCACAUCGGGUGUCGACCGGAGCCUGCCCGGCUACCUGCCGGGGGGCAGUGGCUGUGUGGAUAAGACAGUCGAGGUCUUUUGAAAUACCUGAAUGAUAAUAGUCGGACGUCUUUUAAAGGUCCUUACGACCACAGCUGGUCGUAAUCGGUGUCAUCGCCGUCAGCGACAACGUUCAUGAUGCCUCGCGUUACACCGCCCGCACGAGGUCAUCGCACGACG